UUCAAGCACAGCGGGCACAGCGCGGGAACUGGCCACUGGGCCCCGUGUAAUCGGACACCGAUCCCGUCUCCACCGCCCGGCCCCGCGGCGGCCGGCGGGCGGCCAGGGGAGAGAUAGGGCCCACGGCCAACACACCCGCACUGGGCCAUGAGUUCGGCAAUCAACACGUGGGGAGACGGGCCGCCCGUCGCCACGCAGGCGGCACUGGCCGGUCCCGGCCCGUCAAAACACGAGAUAAGGGCCGCAGACGAACCAACAGACCACUGGUUCCAGUGCGUCAUCGGACCUAGACAUACAGUCCGCGCACAACACCGCCGGCGGCAGAGCAGCUUGUCGGGGACCGACAGCGGGUCGGCGGACAGUUCAGACAGCGAGAGAGGCGUGCAGAGACGGCGCAGGGGCGUCCGAUGAGUUACCCAUAGCCGUGGCAUCGGAACAAGGAAACGACAGCGGCAGAGCUCCUCCAGUGCUAAUAGCGAGGACACCAGGCGACGCAGCAGACACCGCCGUCAAGAACGCCGGGACAACGGCACCCCCUCCCCCCCGCAGACGGCGUACCGCGGGCGCACGGAGCGCCGGGCGAACACGGGGACGCAUCGACGGGCGAGCGACCGGACUCUGUCUCCUUCUGACCCAUGUCGCCGAAUUCGCCGCCUAGAGACCCACUCCGUGUGUGUCCCUCGUAAGAUGACACCCACCGGCGCUGUACGGCUCCGUGGGUCAGCGUCAGCCCAGCUCCCCUCCCCGUAGUUACGACAUUCGCCGCCAGGGGCUGACCCCGGCCCGUGACCGAGGUCGCGGGCGGGGUCAGUCUGCGUUGGUGCUCCGCACGAGCCGCGACGCUCCGUGUUGCGCGAGCCGCCGGUAUUUCGAGGCGGCUUGUUUCCUCAUGGAGGAACGGUUCAACAACCUUCUUGAGAGGUUUGACAAGUUGGAAAGCUCAGUGGCUGCAAUCAGUGAGCAUUUGAAGACCGACACCGCCGGUCGUCGGCUGGUCGACACUCAAGAAUGCGCAGACACUCAGCCGCAGCCGCUCGGUGAGUCUGAAGUGGGCGCGAGCAGUGAUCUGCAGACAGACUUUAAGAGCAUUCGCGAAAGUCUGGCAAAGGUCAGACUACCACCGGACUUGGUGGUCGGUGAUUCAAGAGCAGGCGUCAGCAAGGCUGACUGGCCGAAGUUCCAGGUCAUUCAGAAGUGUGCGCGGUAUCAGGAGACCGUAUUGAAACUGCUCUCUCAGUGUACAAGCAGAGAGCCCGUCCUCUCUGAACUAUCGACUACAGCUAUCGCACAACUCCGGUACCUGCAAGAAGAGUAUACCAACCUGCUGGUGGCGAACCAGUUUGAUGACGGGACGACCAGGCUGUUCCAGACGCUGCAGCAGAACCCGGCAGCUUUCACGCCGGGGGCGCUGGAAAAUCUGCAGCGAGCCGUGUCCAUCGCCGGAGCGCGACACAACCGGCAGGUCAGUGGCUCUGGAAGGUUCCGCGGGCGGGGCUCAUUCUUCCCGUUCGCUUCUGGCGGUCCGGGCAGAGGCUACCGCCUGGACGCGGCGGGUCAGCGACCCGGCGGCGGCGCGGCGGGCUCGGGCUCCGGAUCAGCUGACUGGAGGUUCCGCCGCGGGCGGUUCGGGUACGCACCCGGGCCUCGUGACCUGGCCGCCCGAGCGCAGCAGCCGGAUGACGUCACAGGGACAUUCUCAGCUGAGUAAACCAUCACGUGAGUUGUGAGGGGAAUUAUGCCGCUGCAUAAGGACGAGUGGGUGCGCAUUGGGGCGCCUGAUGCAGUUCUGGACUGGAUUAUGAAUGGUGUGCCGGUGCCUGUGCGUGACAUUCCAGAGCCCCGUGUCUUUGAAAAUCCCUGUUUUAAUGAACCAGAGAAAAAGUUUUUGGAAACUGAGCUGAUGGCGCUAGAAAAGAGAGGUGUUAUAGAAAAAGUAGCUGACGUGCCGCAUUGUGUCUCCCCUUUGAAGGUUGUUCCAAAGAAAAAUUCCAAAUUUCGCCUCAUUUGUGACUUGAGAUAUGUGAAUUCUCACUGUGAUGUGCCACAUUUUUCGUCAGAAGGUGUUUCUGUCCUGCCAGAGGUUAUGAGAGGUGGUGAACUGGCGGUCACUGUAGAUUUAAAGGACGGAUUUUAUCAUUUCCCUGUCCGUGAAGAGUUCAGAACGUAUCUGGGUUUCCAGUAUGGUGGAUGCUGGUAUGUGUGGUGUUUUCUACCAUUUGGUUUGGUGGCUAGCCCGUACUAUUUCCACAAAUGUAUUCGUGUGGUCAUAGAGUAUAUGAGAGGGACCGAACGCCUGUCGGUCAUGGCCUACGUAGAUGAUUUUUUAUUGACGUCAACGAAGAAUAGAAUGGCCAGUGACGUGAAAAUAUUUUUAGAUACUUUAGCUUCAUUAGGAUUGUGUGUCAACUGGGAGAAGUCGUGUUGGGAGCCGUCAAAUGUUGUGUCUUAUUUGGGUUUCGAUGUGCACUGUGCGUCCGAGGGUGAAUUGCCGUUCAUUACUGUGCCAAAAUGCAAAGUGUCGAAGCUGAAGCAGGAUAUAGGUAGGAUGUUAAAGCGGCCCACUGUGUCGGCGCGUCUGCUGGCUCGCAUCGCGGGUAGGUGUAUCAGUAUGAUGGCAGCGGUGUUCCCGGCCAAGCUGAAGUUGCGGAACAUUUACCGUCUGUUGAAUUCUAGGAUGUCUUGGGACGAGGCAAUGCCGUGGUCGCCCGAGGCCAGAGAGGAUCUGGCGUGGUGGCUUACAUCGCUGGACGGGUGGAACGGCCGGCUGCUGGUGCCGCCGGCCAGCUGCGACUUGCAGCUCUCCACCGACGCGUCCGAGACUGGCUGGGGAGCGACACUUUCCACCCCGGUCGCUCAAACCGCCUCGGGUUUCUGGCGGCCAGAGCAGUUGGAGCGCAUGUUCGGCCCGCACACGAUCGACCGGUUCGCCUCCCUGUCUACGGCGUUGCUACCGGUCUACAACAGCCGCUUCAGGGACCCCGGUACCGCUGGUGUGGACGCUCUGGGUCAGAACGAUUGGCAACAGCACAACAACUUCAUAAACCCGCCCUUCCGGCUGGUCGCACGUGUGCUGGACGCGGUGCAGGCGCAGCGUGCCGAGGCCACGCUGAUUGCCCCGAUGUGGCCAGGCCAGCCAUGGAUGGAGCGGCUGCGGCGGCUCAGCGUCUGCCCGCCGCUGCGGCUGCCGCCUGUGACGCAGGCCUGUAUUCCACUGCUACCGCACCAGCAGAUAGAGCCGCACCGCAACAGACGGUGGACUCUGUUCGCCUGGCGGAUCUCUGGAGAGCCCGGUUAGAGGCGCUCGGCUGGUCUCCUGCUGCACGUGAGCAGUUCCCUCUGUGUUUGGCUCAUUCCACUCACGCGAAUUAUGACAGGUACAUCUGUAAGUUUAAGGAAUUUUGUAGAAUACGUGAAUUGAUUUUUCCACCGGUAGAUGGCGCGGUAGUGGCUGAUUUCCUGGUAGGCGAGUGCAGUGUGUCUGACAGACCCCACUCUACGUUACGCUGCAUGUCAGCAGCCUUGGCUGCACUGUACGAGGUGAUGGGAGUAGUCAACCCACUCCACGAUCCCCUUCUCGUGCGUCUGUCUCAGGCCAUUGUGAAAAGCGGCACACGGGCACCCAUGACUCGGUCGUCCGUGAUGGAUGUAUCAGCCUUUGUUCGUCUGUUUGAGUCGUGGGCUGUGAACGAGUCGCUACCGUUGAAGUUGCUGCGGUUGAAGGCGAUAUGUCUGCUAGCUAUCGCGCUGAUGUUGCGGCCCUCAGAUAUUGCCCCCCUGUCGAUGAGGUUCGAUGCAGGCUCGGGGGUAACGUCGCCGUUUGUGCUGUCCACUGAUCAGCUUCAGUUCCGUUCAGAUGGUACCCUGCAGGUUACCUUUCUGGGGAUAAAGAACGACGCUCAGCGCACGGGGUUUCAAGUCGCAAUCCCGCCUAGCCCCAAUAAGUCAGCGGACCCUAUCGAUGCCCUGCGUGUUUAUUUAGCUAGAACAGAGUCGUGUCGAUGUCCAGUUUCGAAGCCUGUUUUCAUUAGUUUAGUUCGCCCUUAUGCUGCAGUUUCUGCAAGCUCGGUGGCUGCCGUUUUACAGCAGGGUAUUUAUUUUGCGGAGGAUUUUGGUCUCGCCAAAGGUCACACGCCGAAAGAUUUUCGGCCAACUGGCGCGACCCGUGCGGUGCAGCUCGGGUUUGACGCAGACGAUGUGCAGCGUCUCGGUAGAUGGAAGACCAGGUCGGUUUUCCUGGAUCAUUAUGUUCACAAUAGCGUAGAUCCGUCGUUUACACAGCGUCUGUUCGAGUGACAUGGCGGUGCAUAUGUGUGAUGGGUGCUACGACGCGACGUUGUGAUUUUUUCUCUCCACGGAAUUGCAUUUAUGUUUGUUUGUACAAUACAUGUACGGCUGGCGGCGAAUGUCUGUAACGUUGGUUUUAAGAAACCGUAGUUACGACAUUCGCCGCCAGGGGCUGACCCCGGCCCGUGACCGAGGUCGCGGGCGGGGUCAGUCUGCGUUGGUGCUCAUGGAUUUGGAAGUUGACGCAUGGAACAUGAUCUCGCCAUAGACCAGUAACUGGAAAGGAGCUCGGUUCGUGCAAGUGCCACUGCGGCGCAGACGAUUGCAUUUAUGUUUGUUUGUACAAUACAUGUACGGCUGGCG